AUGGACACCCACGAGCCAUCGUCGUCCUCCAGCGACACCCUCCCGUCCGCGCCAUCCCACUCGCGGAGCACCCCGUCGCGCUCCCGGCACUCCUCGCCGCCCCCCGCCCCCCGCAGGGCCCGCAAAGACGCACAGCACGACCGCGACCGCGACCGCGAGUCCGCGUGGGGCAGGUCGAAGCUCCUCUCCCGCCUCCUCACGCGCGAGGAGCGCGACGUCGCCCACGUCCGCACCAUGCUCGCCCUCACCUCCGAGCGGCUCGCGCACGAGACGCGCCGCGCGGACAACGCGGGGGCCCGCAUCGCGGACGCACGGCACAGGAUCCGCACGGCGCGCGACGCGGCGCCGCUUGCACAGGCGGACACUGCGCACGCGCACGAGGGCGUCCGGCUCCACAAGCUGCGUCUGGGCGCAGCGUACGUCCCAUCUCCGUCCCACGCCCAGCGCCUCUGUCUGCCCGAGUGCACCGAGUCGCCUUGGCUCGCGUCCCCUGACGCAAGCCCGCGGUCAACGAGUCCGUUAGAUCGCCUCCGUGAUCGCGAUGGCGACCGCGUCCCGCGUCCUGCUCACCCGCGCGUCGGCGACGUCACCCUGCCGUGUGUACUGAUGCUAUCUCGCAGCCCAACGAUCCCGUUUCCGUGUCUGCCUGCCACCCCGUCGGUGCAGGCACAACACGGCCCAUGUCUCAGGCCAUCGACCAUGCCCAUCGCGCUAGCAACGAUCGCUGGGGAACGCGCCUCGGCCAAGGAGCAGUCGUGUCGGCUGCAGCGCGCUAACGCGACGACCAUGGCGUGUGCCGAGAGCGCGCGCGGGCGACCUGUGACCGAGGCGACGCGCGACGCGCGACGGCCGCCCGCGGACUUUGUGGCUCACGACUCACGUUCCGGGAACGCUGCUAUGGUCCCUUGUCCCUGGGGCGCGCGCAGAGUCCGGAUGUCGAGCGCGAUAGGACCAGGCCACGGGAUGCGCGCUUUGAGGCCGCAGAACGUCGGCUGCGUGACGUCGGACCCCGCAUCGCCAAUCGGAGCAGUGGCUGAGAAGCGUCAGGGACUGGAGACAGCGUCGCGAGCGACACGGAAGAUGCAGUGUGCUGGACCAACGCACGCAGUGACACUCAUAUCGCGAGACGUCCGGGAGGGACGCGAUGUGUACUUUAUAGAGACGCACAACGACGCGAUCACGCAGCACUUGAUGCAGCGUGAGUAUGGUCGGCUGUGCGGGGUGCGCGAUUUGCGCCGCGCGUCGUGGGCGCGGCGGCACGACCAGCUCUUCAUCUUCAGCGGGCCCACGCGCACCGUUGCGACCAAGGCGAACGAGCCUGUGUGGGCGCGCUCCGUCUCGUGGCGCGGUCACGGCCCCAGCGUCAGCGCCUCUGCGUUGCCCAUCUCGCCCAACUCAACGGGCUCCCCACCGGGAAUAUUGAGCCUGGGCUCCGGCGAUGCUGUUAGACCACAUAAGCGCAUUUUCCGUGUGGAGCUGAACGCGCAGACCCACAGCGCGCAGGCAUAUUUUUUGAGUCAGAGCCACUGCGAGAGUCAGCCUGAGCCCGCACGCGCGCCUGCACCCGUAGCGCAGGCCGCUGGUCGAACGCCGGUGUCCUCUUGA